UGCAUGACUGAAGAAAGCCAGAAAAUGUCCUACCAGAUCAUUUGGAUGAUUCUAUUCUAUCUGCAGAUGACUGCUUCACAGGAAGGGAUAUUGAUCCAACAGAGCCCGGCACAGAUCUUUCUGGCCUCUGGAAAAACUGCAGAGAUACACUGUAAGCUUUCAACAAGAACACAGUAUAUGUACUGGUACAAAGAGCUUCAGAAUGGAAGUUUGCACGGGAUUUACCAGAGUUAUGAGUAUGCUGCACUUCCACACGAAAAAUACUCGAGUAAAGUGAACAUUCCGGAAAACACGUAUACGCUGAUUAUAAGCAACGUACAAAGAAAUGACUCCGGGGUGUAUUUCUGUGGCCUUGCUGUAUAUGUACAUCCGAACUUCGGGACUGGGACCAGGCUGAUUGUCACAGAUGCCUCUGAGCCAAGACUUUCCAUCCUGGUUCCCUCCACCCCAGAAGAUGCUGAGCGUCCCCCCAUCAUUCCUCUGCUCUGCCUGCUGUCUGAUUUCACUCCUCCCUGGAGUGAAGUUUUCUGGGACACUGGUGAGGAGGCAUCUGAGGGUCAGAUGGAUGCUGGAGCCAUAGACGGGAACGGGGUCUUUAGUGUUUGGAGCCUAAUGACAAUCCCUUCUGAGACGUGGAAGCAGAAGAUGAUCUGCACUUGUACAGCCAAGGAGAGCAGCACGGGGAGAAGCAUCAAUGCUACAGUCUCCAAGGAAACAGAUGGGGCCAGGAAAGAAAACUGCAGUUAUGUGUUAUACGCUGGGCUGUCUUGUAUUUUCAUCCUUGUCGUCAUCCAGCUGCUGAUCGUGCUCUUCAGAAAGCGUCCCACCAGAGCAGGGAAAGCUGUGCAAACAGGGAAUCAAAUACCUAUGAGGCACCUUCCACAGACCGAGUAUGCAGCUGUGAGCUGGGAUAUGACGUUCAGCUUCCUAAAGCAAAGGGUGCUCGACAACAUCAUCUACACAGCCAUCUCCUCACAUUAG